AUGGUAUCAAUCGAUGAGCCUGAAAUUCCUGAGCUCUUUGGCUCCCCUGAGAACAAGUACCUCUGCCUGACAAUAUGUGGUUAUCGCAAACCAGGCAUGAGCGAAGAAGACUACCGAAGUCAUAUGGUGAAUGUUUCGGCCCCAUUAACCAAACAUCUGAUGGUCAAAUAUGGCGUCAAACGCUGGACUCAGAUUCACAAUCAAACCUCGACACGCGCGCUGAUGGGAAAACUGUUUGACUCGCAAAUGGCGCGGGUUGCCGAUUUUGACUGCUUCAGUCAGGUGAUCUUCAAGAGCGUCGACGACUACAAGCGCAUGAAGGACGAUCCGUGGUAUAAGGAGCAUCUGGUUGGUGAUCAUGAAAACUUUGCUGAUACAAAGCGGAGCUCGAUGACUAUUGGCUGGGUAGAAGAGUACAUUCGGGGUGGCGAGGUUGUUGAUGGAUACGAUGGUUGUUAG